UCUUUCUUCUUUCUUUCUUUCUUUCUUACUAUUUAAACCGGCCUCCUCAAGCACAUAUAGAGUACUCCUUUCCAGCCAUCUAUCUAAGAAGGGGAGAAAAAACUAAGGAGAAAAAGUGUUCCUUGCUUGCUUCGAAUAGUUAACAUACACAUAAAGAUUGACAUAUAAGAAGUCAUGGAGGACAAGAAGAAGAUCAAGUAUAGUGGUGUGAAAGCCAUGCCUUUUGUAAUAGGAAAUGAGACUUUUGAAAAGCUAGGAACAAUAGGAACUUCACACAACCUAUUGGUGUAUCUAACCACUGUAUUCAACAUGAAGAGCAUGACUGCUACAAAUGUCCUUAAUAUUUUCAACGGAUCAGCUAAUUUGGCAACCCUCCUUGGUGCUUAUCUAUGUGACACAUACUUCGGCCGCUACAAGACUUUGGGCUUUGCUAGUGUCGCGUCUUUCAUGGGAAUGCUGUUAUUAACACUAACAGCAGUAAUAUCAGAGUUGCAACCUCCACAUUGUGAUACAGCAGAAAAUUGCAUAGGACCAACAACAGGACAACUUGCUUUUCUAAUAGGAGCAUUAGCAUUUUUAGUCAUAGGAGCAGGGGGGAUCAGGCCAUGUAAUUUAGCAUUUGGGGCAGAUCAAUUUGACCCGAAAACUGAAUCGGGUAAGAGAGGGAUCAGUAGUUUCUUCAACUGGUAUUAUUUCACACUUACAUUCGCAGUCAUGGUCUCAGUGACCAUAGUUGUAUACGUACAGACCGAUAUCAGCUGGGGUAUUGGACUUGCAAUACCAGCAGUUUUCAUGUUCAUUUCAUGCGCUUUGUUCUUCUUGGGGACCAGGAUAUAUGUUAUGGUUAAGCCCCAAGGAAGUCCUCUGGCAAGUCUGGUGCAGGUCAUAGUAGCUGCUAUUGCGAAACGGCAGUUGGAGUUGCCGGAAAAACCAUCCUUCACUUUGUUUGAUUAUGUUCCUGAUCAGUCUAUCAACUCUAAGCUUCCACAUACUGACCAAUUCAGAUGCCUUGACAACGCAGCUAUCAUAACGAACAACGACAAGAUCAACCCAGAAGGAUCAGCAACAGACCCAUGGAAACUCUGUUCAGUACAGCAAGUAGAACAAGUAAAAUGUGUAAUCAGAGUAUUUCCAAUCUGGGUUGCAGGAAUCAUAUACAAUCUUUCGGCAGUAACAAUGACAAACUACACCGUUUUUCAAGCCUUACAAUCCAACAGAAGCCUAGGAACAAGUAACUUCAAGAUACCAGCCGCGUCCUACUCAAUUUUCCCGAUGCUAGCAAUGACAAUAUGGAUACCUCUCUAUGACAGAAUCAUAGUCCCCAAACUCAGAAAAAUCACAGGAAAAGAUGGUGGAAUUACUGUCCUACAGAAAAUGGGAAUCGGCCUUGUUCUCAUGGUUAUUACCCUCAUUGCUUGUGGGUUAGUCGAGCACAUGAGACGAGUCAUUGCUUUGACUAAGCCGGCUUUGGGGAUUGAUCCCAAACGGGGUGCUAUAUCAUCACUCUCCGCGAUGUGGUUGGUGCUUCCUUUGACAUUGUCAGGACUAUCAGAAGCGUUUUCUAUGAUUGGGCUAGUUGAGUUUUACUAUAAACAGUUCCCUGAGAACAUGAGAAGCAUUGGGGCCGCGUUCUUGUUUUGUGGAUUAGCAGGGUCGAAUUAUCUCAGCAGCUUUAUACAAUCUUUUGUUGAUAAGAUGAGUAGAGGAUCAAAGGAUGGAAGCUGGUUGAAAGAGGAUUUGAACAAAGGAAGACUUGACUAUUUUUACUAUCUCAUUGCUGGUUUGGAGUUGGUGAAUCUUUUUUACUUCCUGAUGUGUGCAAAGUGGUAUAGAUAUAGAGAAACUAUUAGUAGCUCUCUUGAUGAAAGCAUUGAAGAAAAGAAAUCUGAAAUAGCUCUUGUUUGAUUUGAUGAUGAUACCUUUUUCCUCUUCUCUAAGGAAACUUCGGAGAACAUGAAUUUUUUUUCA